AUGGUAAUGCUAUUACGGGUGUAAUACGAUACUUACUUAAUCUGUGAAAUCCACCGAUUUGUAAUACAUCCCUUUUCCUCAGUUUAGGUCCUGAUUCAAUUUUCUUCCCUGUUUUAGGCUCCCGAUUGACGCUUCUGUCUUAGCCAAAGUCUUCUGUUUCUUCCUUCUACCUUUCUUCUCCACUCUCCUCACCGUUUCUCCUUCUCCCUGUUAUAUAUUUUUUUGUAUUAUUAUUUUCUCAAUAGAUCUGCGCAGCAGCACCCACCAUUUUCAUUUCAGAUUUCCCAUCUAACCGGUUUUUUUUCUUCAUCUAACCAACCCUAGCAGCGUUGUUUCGUAGGACGACCCUCGGUUUUGCCACUAUUUACGGCGUUAACCCAUUGGAAGAAACUCCACUCUUUAACUUCCUUUUUUGCGGUUGUAUAUAUAGAUUUCUGUUUUUUCCUAGGUUUUAGAAUUUGUUUGUUUUUUGGGGAGUUUAGGGCCGUGCUAUGAAUAAUAGAGGGAGGUAUCCAUCGGUGCUCGGCCGUGGCGGCGGAGCGAACGCGAACCCUAGCUUUCAAUCGAGGCCGGAGCAACCGCAGUAUGCGCAGAGAAAUUUGGUGCAGAAUCAUCAUCAUUUUCAACAACAGCAACAUCAUCAUCAUCAUCUGCAACAGCAACAACAUCAACAGCAGUGGCUCAGACGAAACCAAUUGCCCGGCGGAAAUGACUCCACUGUCGUCGAUGAGGUCGAGAAGACCGUACAAUCUGAAGCCGGCGACUCAAGUUCACAAGAUUGGAAGGCAAGGCUAAAGAUGCCACCAUCAGAUACACGCUACAAAACGGAGGAUGUGACUGCUACCAAAGGAAAUGAAUUUGAAGACUACUUUCUGAAACGUGAACUUCUUAUGGGAAUAUAUGAGAAGGGCUUUGAAAGACCAUCUCCUAUUCAGGAAGAGAGAAUUCCCAUUGCUUUAACUGGAAGUGAUAUUCUUGCUAGAGCCAAAAAUGGAACUGGGAAAACUGCAGCAUUUUGCAUUCCUGCAUUGGAAAAAAUUGACCAAGAUAACAAUGUUAUUCAAGGUGCAAUGCCGAGGGAUGUUUUCAACACACUACCACCGUUUAGCUGUGGACUAUAGGAACAAUUCCAAGGGCUUCCUGACUCAGUACUAUGAACAGCUGCCAGUAAGUCUAGAGAAUUUGAGGCUGUAUACGGGAAACACCGAAGCAUGGGAUCUGAAGACAAGUUGCCAAUGCAAAGUAGUCUUGUAGUUUUUAUUCGGGAACUAAUCAGCCUUACACGCUUAAAGACAUGCGAGGAGGGCACUUGUAUUAGGUCAUUGACUCAACUUCAACAGAGGGCAAGGAUGCUUCUACAUCAACAUUGAUUGAAUGAAAUCCAUGUAAUAUUUGUAAUUUUUCCCAGGGUCAUUCAUUUUCGGAUAUAGUUAGUGAUGUGAAUAUGAUUGUGACUAAUAUGCUAUCUAGCAUUUUGUAAAGUUUGGGUGGGCUAGAAAAUUGGAAAACAUAUUAGUUGGUAGCUGGAAGGUUGAAAUGAUCUGACCGACAUUUUGUACAAUGCAGUUUGAAUUAAGUAAUUAGCAGUAUUUGUGAAAA